AUGAGCAAAGCAUGUGACAAGUGCGACCGGCAAUAUAGUGGUUAUGGAACUAUUUGCAGUAAGUGCCGCUUGCUUUCAGCGCGGAAGGGCUCCCAGCUGGCCUGCGCCACGUGCGGGGAAUUCUUUCACGGCUACGGUGCACAUUGCGAUGAUUGCAAGGCGAAGGUCUCGAAAUCGAGACCCAAAACUGCUCAGCAGGUUGUGGCGGCUGCACAUGCGGAUCGUAAUCAGAGGAGCCUGCUGGCUUUCAAUGGUGAGGCCACUGUGACACACAUGGUCCACCAGAUUGCUCACAAAAUCUUUCAGGAUGGCGAACGUACCAGCAAUAAAUACUUGAUGAAGAGACUGUUCAAUAAGCAUGAUAAGGACGGGAGCAAGAGCCUUGAUAUACAUGAGCUAGAUCGAGCUGUUCGCGAAGUAGGCUUCGCACUGCAGGAAGAGCAGCUCCAACGGAUGUUUGCGGCCUUCGACAUCGACCAGACCGGUGGUGUGAAGUAUUGGGAAUUCAUACGCACGUUUGGGUGCACCGAGGACGGCACGCCGCAGUAUGGAAGGGACGUUCCAGACUUGGAGCGCCAGCGGCGCGAGGCAGAGGAGGCCGCAGAACUGGAGCGGCGGCUGCGGCGGGAGGCAGACUUGGAGCGGCAGCGGCGCGAGGCAGAGGAGGCCGCAGAGCUGGAGCGGCGGCUGCGGCGGGAGGCAGACCUGGAGCGGCAGCUGCGCGAGGCAGAGGAGGCCGCAGAGCUGGAGAAGAGGCUGCGGCGCGAAGCAGAGGCGGCAGCACGGAGAGAGCAAGAAGACAGGGAGGCAGAGGAAGCCGCGCGGAUGCUACGACUGCAGAGAGAGGCGGCAGAGGCUGCACGAAGGGAGGCGGAGGCGGCGCGAAGGGAGGCCGAAGCAGCACGCAGAGCGGCCGAGGCUCAAGGCAAGAGCGGCGUCAAACUGGGUUCAGACUGCACCGACGACGAUAUUUUCUCGGCCAUGCUUUCCCAGAUGCGUUCGAAGCACAUUCCAAUAUCAGGUGUAGCCAAGAUGGUUGAUCCUGACAGCAGCGGUGAGACACAAGCGCAGGGACUACAUGCCGCGUUGAGGCAGUUGGAUGUGGAGGUGCCAAUCGACAGAGUGAGUCAAUUGCUCUCCCAAUACUCUUGGGAUAGUCGCCCCGCAAUGCCAACGGCGCAGUUCGUUGCUCUGUUGCGCAAUCGUGUUGGCAGGGAGACAGAGCAGACAAGCAACGUCAACGAGGAUGCGGGGAGAACGGUUUUGUUCGCGCAAGCUCGGCAAUGUUUGCAGGAUGAGGCCGCGCUUGACAAGCACGCGCUGGCUGCAAGAUUGGCGAGGGAGGAGGCGAUGGUUCAACAACUAAGAGAGGAUCUCUUUCGUUCUUCAAGGAAGAUGGCCAGCAUGUUUGAUAAGGUCGACCGCGAUAAUAAUAAGUACAUCGACUUCAGGGAAUUCCAGCUUGCACUCAAGAAGGCGGGCGUGACGGCGACCGACCUGGAAUCAGCGAUCCUGCUAAACAGGUACGACCGCACGGGCGAUGGGCUACUUGCCAUGAACGAGUUCAUGCGUCUGCUACAGAAUUCUAAGGACAUCUCAGUGCACUCCACAGAAGACCAUGUAUGGGGAAAUGACGGGGUGUAUCGAGAGUCGGUUGGGGAGCAACUCUUCUCGCGGUUAGACUACAGGCAAGAAGGAUCCGUCAGCACACUUGAUCUAGAGACAAGAAUGCAAGAUAUUGGGAGCUCUGUUGGCGAUAUCGCUGCGUUGAUGGCACAUAUCAAGGCUCGCGUGACCGACGGCGUGGUGACUAAAUGCCAAUUUCUCGAAGCUUACCUAGCAGUUCAAGAUAGGAAGGUUGCUAGUGGCACACGGAGUCGUGCGAAAACGCUUGAAUCAACUCUAAAAGUUCAAGACAGGGAAGUUUACAGCAGCACAAGGGUUCGUGCGAAACCGGUUGACCCAGCUCCACAAGAUGAGAACAAGAAAGCUGCUAGCAGCACAAGGAGUCGUGCGAGACCGCCUGACCCAGUUCCAGAAGUUCAAGACAGGAAAGCUGGCAGCAGCACAAGGAGUCGUGCGAGACCGCUCGACCCAGCUACAGAAGCUCAAGACAAGAAAGUUUCUAGCAGCACAAGGAGUCGUGCAAGACCGCUUGACCCAGCUCAAGAAGCUCAAGACAGGAAAUUCGCUAGCAGCACAAGAGUUUGUGCAAAACCGUUCGACCCAGCUCCCCGAAGCCAUACUAGGCUAAAAAGUUGA